CACCAUUCUAUUCUUUCUCAACACAAAAGCACAGCCACUGGAAGAUUCAUUCCCUCUGUUCCUUUUCAAUUAGCUAUAGCAGCAAUUCAUUUUUUUUCCUCGUAGCAUACAAACGAGCAUGCCGCAGCAGUAGAGUUCAUAUCUGUUCUUUUCAUUUCUGAACAAAAGCAGCCGCAUGAGUUUUCUUUUUCCGUUGGAUGAACAUAGUGUUAGCAAGCAGCAGUUCUUCAUUCUUUUAUUUGGAAUCAACCACACUAGUAGGAUUUCUAAACUACACUCCUCCUUCAAUUUCUUCCAAGUUAAUUUAGAUUCCAAACAUUAAUUGUAAGUUCAGUAUACUUUACAUUACUUCUUUCAGUUUUAGAUUAAAUUUCGAAUUUGUUUUUCCCCAAACAAUUACUCUAGUUCAGUUUUUCUAGCCCUUAUCAUGUUUAUCAAUAUUAUUGUGAUGUUAGUUUUAAAUAUGAGUAGCUAAUUUCAUAUAGGGUUUGAAUUGGGGCUAGGGUUCAUGGGUUCUUGAGGGUGUGAAUUUAGUUCUUUAAAAUUCAAUUAAUUUUCUGGAAAAUUGUAUAAGAUUAAUCAUAAUUGUCUAUAUGAAUUUGAUCACCUCAUAUAUGAAUACUUGGAUUUAAUUCAAUUCUUGUCUAUGAGAAAUUGAGUUCAAUUAGCUCAGGUCUUAUACAAGCAAUCUGAUCUUAGAAAUAAGUUACGAUUGUCGAAAUAUGAUUUAAUUCUUGUCUAUGAGAAUUUAUUUCAUUUUCUGUCCAGGAAUAAUUGAAAAUUAAUUUACUUAAUUCUAAUCCGGAAAGAACACCCAGAACCCGAACCAUCCAAUUUGAACUCUGCUUUUAUAUCUAGAAUUAAUUUAAUUAUUUGUUUUCCUCUCUACUUAUUUUUGCACUCGCUAUUAGUCAGUUUAUUAGUCAGUUUUAUUUUCAAACCACUCAAAAAAUAUUUAUUCGGAAAGAUUACCAUGACUUGUGCUAGCCUGUGAUCACGGACUGUAUUUAAAACUUCCUUUUUGCCACUCCUUGAGAGACGAUACUCGUGGUCUGGUUAUUCUUCGGAUUAGCCAACUACGUUUUACUCACUAUAAAAUACACCGAUCAAAUGGCGCCGUUGCCGGGGAGUGGCACGGUUGUUUGUUAAGUACUUUUCUGUGGAAUAGGUAAAAGCAAGUCGGUGAGACUUUCUAUCUUUUUUCUGUUAUUUGUUUGUCUUUUUUUGGUGUUCUUUGCACGUGAACUAAGCUGCAGGAACAAGUGUAUGCGCACUCGCUCCUCGGGGGAACAAGAUUUAAUUGAAGGGUAUUCUAAUCCUGAACGCUUAUUCCGAGGAAGAGCUAAAAGGAGUUUACUAGAAGACUUGAAGAAAAUGGCUGAUCAGACAACUCUAGAGACGUUGACGCCUAAUUAUGUGGCGAGAAAUAGCAUUGGGGCACCCACAAAUAUACACUGGUCAUUGUGGAUGACUUCUCUCGGUACACAUGGACCAAAUUUCUGAGGACAAAGGAUGAAACAGCUGCAACCAUCAUAACCUUCAUCAGGACAAUCCAAAAUUUUCUACAAAAGAGUGUGGAGAUCAUCAGAACAGAUAAUGGUACCGAGUUCAAGAAUCAAUCUCUCGCUGAUUUCUAUGAAACUCAGGGUAUCACACAGCAAUUCUCUGCAGCAAAGACACCACAACAGAACGGGGUCGUUGAAAGAAAGAAUAGAACUCUUGUUGAAGCAGCACGCACCAUGCUCAUUCAGUCAAAGCUUCCCCAUUUCAUGUGGGCUGAAGCAAUCAACACGGCGUGUUUUACUCAGAACAGAACAUCAAUUCACAAGCGCUUCAACAAGACCCCAUAUGAAAUCCUCUUCAAAAGAACUCCUGACAUCUCAUUCUUCAGGGUGUUUGGCUGCAAGUGCUUUGUUCUAAAUGACAGAAAUGAAAGAAGCAAGAUGGAUCCGAAAGCUAUCGAAGGAGUUUUCAUUGGAUACUCCACGCAAUCCAAAGCAUAUCGGGUCUAUUUACGAGAACGCAGAACAGUCAUUGAGAGUGUCAAUGUUGCAUUCUAUGAAAUGGCUGACUUUGCUUCUGAACAUUUCUUGAUAGAAUCCACACUCUCUACUCAAAGGAAGCAACCUGAUGGAGCUGAAGCAACGAAGCAAACAACGGCUGACAGUGCAAUUCUUGAUUCUCUAUUUGAACAUUUCUAUGAGAAUGCACGCACUGCCAACCAACAAUUAUCAACAGAAGCUGCUCAAUCACCAUUCAUGCCUGAUCUCAGUGAAGAAGAAGCUGACUCACCUCAUACAUCAGAUCACGAAGAUACUGAGGAUCAUGGCACGACAGCAACACAAGCAACUUCACCAGCACAAGUUUCAGAAAUACCAGCUCAAACAGGUACAGCACCUGAAUCGACCCCUGCGCACUCCACUCCUCAACAAAUCACAUCUACUACUUUUGAGGACUCGGAUCACUCCAUCAUAACUCCAAUCCCUCUAACUCAUGAGCGGAAAUGGACGAAGGCACACCCUGCAGAACAAAUUAUUGGAGAUCCGAGUCGUGGAGUUUGCACAAGAACGGCUACAGCAAAUGAAUGUCUUUUCUCCUGCUUUAUCAGCCAAUCUGAGCCAACCAAAGUUUCUGAAGCACUAGCAGAUCCUGACUGGGUGAUUGCAAUGCAGGAGGAGAUCAAUCAGUUUGAAAGAUUAGAUGUAUGGACCCUGGUGUCGAGGCCCCCAAAGAAAACAAUAAUUGGCACUAAGUGGGUCUUCAAGAACAAGAAGGAUGAAGACGGUGUAAUUAUAAGGAACAAAGCCCGACUGGUUGCAAAAGGGUACAACCAACAAGAAGGAAUUGACUAUGAUGAAACCUUUGCACCAGUGGCCAGAAUUGAAGCAAUCAGGUUGUUCCUUGCUUAUGCUGAUUGACGUGCACUUUGUCGUGGUGUGCACUCAAAAUAAUAAUACAAUACAACACUUAUACGUAGUAUAGUGUAGUAAGGUUCGUAUCCACAGGGAAAGGAAUACUUCUCUCUUUAUAAACUAGUAACAAAGGGAGGGUUUAGGUUUGAGUGAUUUAAUUAAAAUUAAACACGAAGAUGAACGAGUUAUGUGAUUUAAUUAAUGAGAAGAAUACCUGGCUUUGCUUUUAUCCACUUAAUGAAAUGUUCGUCGAUCCCGGUUAUAUUUUUAACUAUCUUCCUCUCGAAUACUCAAUCGAGGAGUAUAUCCAAUUCAUCGAGGGUAGUUAUCAAUAACGAGAAGCGUUCAUUAACAAAACUUACUAUCGAGUCAAUAUAGAACAAGCGCCAUAUAUUAUCUUGAUAGUAGCAAUAAACUUAAGAUGAAAACGAUUGAGAUUGAUAACCUCAACACAAGCGGUUUAUUGGUUUAAUCAAUAUAAUUAAUUCCCCUUAGAUUAUUAACCAUGAGAAGCAUGCAUUAGCAAUCCAAGUUUACUACCAUUGAAAGAACCGAAUUAAUAACAAGCGUAUUAACCGAUUGAUUCUAGUAAUAAUUAAUAUAUAGAACAAGACUAGUUGAUACUUUAAGUAAUGCUCAAUAUAUUAAUAUGGGAUAUGAAUAGGAAGUAAUUAAUAUUCAAGGAAGGAGAUUAAAGAAAAUAACUCACAACUUACAAAUCAUUAAGCUUCAAAGUAGCAAAACCAAGAUGAAAGAGUUUAGCUCCUCAUUUGGAGACUAAACAUGAUGAAAAAUAUAAAGAAAGAACUUGUCUAACCUGAGCUAAGAAGUAUAUGUGAAUUGGUCAUUUAUUGUGGAGGAAAUGUGGUGUAUUUAUAGGCUUUUUAGGCCUGCAGGGUCGUGUACCCGAUCGGGUUUUCAGCUCAACCGAUCGGGUAAGGGUUAUUUCCUCGAAACUGAAAAUCUGGGGUCAUACCCGAUCGGGUAUGUCGGCCAC